AUGCUGCCCGAGGGCACCGGCCACGCACGCGCCGCUUCGAACCCCUCUGCGGACGCGGCGGCGGUGCUGGGAGGCGCGCCGCCGGCAAGGCUUCCCGAGGGCGACGCGGCUCUGCUCCCUCUCGGCUGGGGCCAGCGGCUGGAUGUCGGGACGCGCGGGACGGUCUUUGUCGACCGGCACGGCUCGCACACCGCCCUCGACCCGCGCUCGGAGCGGCGGGCCGCCCUCAAGGCUCGAGGGUGGAGUCCCGCAGCCCGCGACGCGGCUGCCGACCAGCUGAGCCUGCUCAGCACGCAGGCGCACGCGCUGGCGUCGGCGGGGAGCGAGCUGCGCCGGUGCAUCUCGGCGCUGCUCGAGUGCGAGCUCAUGCUCCCUCCUCCCGCCAACGGAGCGAGGCCCGACGCGGACGCCGCAGAGGGCGUCGCUGCGAGGCAGCGGCUGCUAGCGGCGGUUGCGAGGCGGCUGCUAGCGUCUCCUGACGCGGCGGCGGCGGCGGCGCCUGCCGCCGAGGCGGGGACGUCUUCUCGCGCGGGAGGCGCCCGGCUGCGCAGCGGAGGAGGCGGAGGCGGCGGAGGAGGAGGAGGCGGAGGUGUGACGCUGCUUCGGACGUAUAGCGCUCAGUACGACCCGAGCAGCUGGGACCGGAUCGAGACGGUCGGCUUCCCGUUCCUCCGCGCUCGCAGCGUGCCGGGCCGCGGCACGCUCGGCCUCGCCCCACCCCCGCCCGUCCCUGCCGACGGCCUGCUGCCGGCGCUCGGCCUGCCGCCGGCCGCGCUGCUGGAGCUCGCCCCGCAGCUCACGCCGCAGCAGGCGGCCGCGGCGAUGCUGGCGUCUUGCGCCGCCUUCGCUGCGCCGCUCGAGCCUUUCUUCACCGCUGCCGCUGCCGCUGCCGCCACCGCUGCCGCUACCGCUGAGGCGGAGGGCGCGGCGCGCGGCGUGUGCGGCCCGCUGCGAUCAAGCGCCGACGUGCGUGCGCUCGUGAGCUCUCUCUGCGUGAUGGGAGGAGGCGGAGGCGGAGGCGGAGGCAGCGGCGGAGGAGGGGGGGGAGGAGGAGGGGGAGGAGGGGGCGGGGGCGGGGGAGGGGGCGGCGGCGCGUCGCCUCUGCUCUUCUCGCCGCUCUCGCUCGAUUGCGACCCCGCCUCGCUCCGCACAUUGGUCACCGUCUGUCUCCAGCUCUGCUCGCCCCUCGUCCGGCCGCCGCCGCCGCCCUCCCUCGACGCCACCCUCGCCGCCGACGCAGAGGAAGGCGGCGGCGGCGAGGGCGGUGGAGGCGGCGGUGGUGAGGGCGGUGGCAGUGGCGGUGGUGGUAGCGCCGCGCUGUACCCGCUCGGAGCUGCGCUGAGUGCGCUGCGGCUGCUGACGGUCCAUCUUCUGGCGCUGCGGCACGCUGGCGCACUGACUGCUCGCGAGGCGCGCGACUGCUUGCUGCGUCGAGCGCAAGCGGCGCCGGAGGCUGCGAGCGGGCGCAGUCUGUUGCGCUCUGGCAGCCGCGUCCCGGCCUCCUACCCGGUGGGGCGGGGCGGCGGUGACUCGGCUGGUGGCGGCGGCGGAGCUACAGGCGAGGGGUCGCAGACGCUGCGGCGGCUGCGCGGCCCGUUGCUCGCUCUGGUCGCGGCGGAGGCUGUGCCGGCUUCGGCUGCGGCCGGCGGGGCGCGGGGAGAGGCGGUGUGGCGUGCAGUGCAGCGCGAGGCCGUCUGCGUCCUCUUUGCUGGCCACGAACUCUUCUUCUCGCGCCGCACCGAGCUCGCCCAGCUGCUCCUCUCCGCCUCCGCCACCCUCCGCGUUUUGCCCGCCGCCGCCGCCGCCGCCGCCGCCGCCGCCGCCGCCGACGCCAACGACGCGGUGUCGCUGCUGCACGGCGGUCUGAUGCAGCUCGCCGCCGUCGCGCCGCGUUGCUCCGAGCUGCUAGUGCCGCUGCCCGCCGAGCUGGCUCCGCUCGAUGGUUUGCCAGACGACGAGGAGGAGGACGAGGGCGGCGCAGAAGACGGGUCGCUGCUCUUGGGGCACGAGGGCGACGUGUCGACGAUAGAGCCGCAGGCGGAGCUCCUCGUCGCCGCUGUCGACGCCGUCGUCGUCGCCGCGCGCGCCGCGGUGGCGGGGGAAGCCGCUCCAGAGGGGGCGCCGGCGGCGCUCGCCCUUCUCUCCGCGUCGCUCACCGAGCUGUCUGUGCGCGUGAAUUUGGUCGCCGCCUCGCCUUCCGGCGCGGACGCGGCGGGCAGGGCGAUGGUGGCGGGGGGGGCGGAGGAGGUGGCGUGGGCGGAGGAGGAGGAGGACAACCUGAGCGAGCUCUCCGAGGUAGCAGAGGCGAUGGAGGAGGAGGCGGGCGGCGGCGGCGGCGAGCUCUUCCCGCCCCCUCCCUCGGGCGGGGCCCAAGGCCUCGGCGGGGCGGGGAGGCGGCAGCGCAGGCGGCCCGGCGGCGACAGCGGGCGCGGCACCUCGCCAAUCGACCGCCCCGCCGCGUCGGCGCUGCUACGCACUGCCGUCGCGCUGCUCUCCGAGGCGCGCGCGCUGUGCGACGCGACGCGCGCCGCCGGAGCCGACCCGCACACUGCCUUGCGCGGCACCUUCCUCUCGGUGCUGCUGCCUCCGCUGCUGGACUGCCUGCUGGUGGCGGCGCCGCGGCUCAAGUGGGCGGCGGCGCUCGCGCCCUCCCUCUGCGACCUCUCGCACUCGCUCGAGGAGCUCCGACUCGCCGCCGCCGCAGAGGGGAGGACGCCGGCCGCCGGUCGCGCGGCCGCGAGCAGCUCGCGCGCUGAGCGGGGGAGCAGCGAAGAUAGCGGCGCGGGGGCGGCCCCGGCGGCGGCGCCGACCGUGGUGGAGUCUGCGCAUCCGCUGCCGCGGUUGGAUGGCGGCGGGGGAGGAGGCGGCGGCGGCGUAGGCGCAGGAGGCGGUGGCGGAGGAGGCGGCGGUGGCGCGUCGCUCCGACGGCGCAUCGAGGCUGCAAUCUACGGGGGCCCUGCCCGCGACUCUGCGGCGCUCGAGCGACGCGCGGCCCGCAUGGAGUCGGAGGGCAACGGCGCCGCCGCCUACUCGCUGUACAUGGCCAUCUACGCCGCGUCGCGCCGGGCGACGGCUCUCCUCUCUGCUGCCCGCGUCAAGCUGCGCCAGCUCGGCGACCCGGCCGUCGCCGCCGCCGCCGUGCGGGAGAUGGUCGAGGCGCACAGCGGGCCGCUGCAGGAGGAGGUCGGCGCCGAGGCGCGCAGCUUGCUCGCCGAGGCAGCAGCCGCCGCGACCGAGCGGCGCGGGCGGCGGAUCCUUCUUUGCGGUCCGGCGGGGCGGUGGCCGAGGCGCGACGUCGUCAUCGAAGGAGGCGCUUGCACCCUGCUCUACCUCCGCCGCGGCGACGCGGAGGCGGCGGCGGCGACGGCGGCCGUGCGGGCGCCGCGCGGUGCGGAGGAGCCGGCUGCGGCGGAGCCGGAGGCGGCGGCGGCGGAGGCGGCGGCCGUGGAGGUAGAGGCGGAGGCGAAGGGUGGCGGGGAGGAGGUAGAGGCGGAGGCGGCAGAGGCCGAGGACGAGGCGGCGGAGGACGACGCCGGCGCGGGAGGCGAGGGGGGGGCGCGGGCUGGCGAGGACGGCGGCGGCGGCGGCGCGAGGCCUCUGAUCGCCCGUGCGGCGAGCGAGGCGGAGGGGCGCGCGGAGCGGGGGGGCGGCGCCCCGCCACUGCUCGAGGAGAAGGGGGAGGCGUCGUCGCCGCUGCUGCUGCACGCGGUUGCGGAGGACGCGUCGCCGCAUCCGCAGCGCCAUCGUGCGGGCGGGUCCUCGGAGGCGGGCGACGUGUCGGGGGCGGCGGCGGGCGGCGUUGCGGCCGAGGGCACCGACGCACCCGGCAACUUGCGACUGACCUUGGCCGCGGGCGGCGCGGCGGAGGCGGCGCGCCGGCCUGACGUGUACGGGUGGCGGCUCGAGGUGAGGGCGGUCGAGCCCCGAGGGGGAGGUGGCGGCGGAGGAUCUCCAGUGCCGCGCCUCUCGCUCGCUGUCUCGAACCUCCUCGCUCGGUAUGGCGCGAUGCUUGCGCUGGCGCAGCCUCCAUCCGCCGCCGAGCUGCGCCACGCGAGGUGGCUGCACGGCUCCCGUCUCUUCCCCGCCGCGGCGUGCGACGACCCGCGCGCGCGCGCCCCGCUGGGACCGCACCGGACCUCGUCGGGCGAGCGAGGAGGCUCCGAGCAGCGCGGCUCCACGGCUGAGCUCGAGGCGCUGCUGGCGCCACCGCCUCCGCCGCCGCCGCACGGGGCCGCCGCCGAGGCCGCCGCCGCCGCUGCGGCGGCAGCCGAGGGCGUCGAGCGGCGUGUGGUCGCGUCGCUGGUGGCUGGCGAGGGCCAGGCGGUGGAGUUGCUGUCACGGCUACACGGCGGCGACAGCGUGCGCCACGCGGGUGAGUGGGUUGGCGUCGCCUCCUCCGCUCCGGCGGCGCGCGCGCUGCGCACGCUCUUUGCGUGGCUCCUCAUCGCGCGAGGCGGCGUCGCGGAGGCCGCUGCCGCCGCCGAGUCGCUGUCGGCGGCGCAGGCGGCGGCGCAGGUGGCUGCGCGCGAGGGCGGCGGCGCGGAGGGGGAGGUGCCCGCUGUGGUUCUGAUCCCAGUGCCGGUGGACGGAGGGGCGGGGGGGCUGGGCGGCAAGGGCGACGGCGACAAGGGCAACGGCGGCGACGGCGGCGGCGGCGAGGGCGACGGCGCGGACUCAAAAGCCGAGGGGGUGGAGGAGAUUGCGGCGGAGAUCACCGCGGCGGCACAGCUGCAGGAAGAGGAGGUGGCGGAGGUGGCGGAGGUGGCGGAGGUGGCGGAGGUGGCGGAGGUGGCGGAGGUGGAGGUGGGAGGGUCGGAGGCUGGGACAGGUGGUGAGCCAGAGCCAGUGGAGGAGGAGGAUGCAGCGGGCGGGGCGGCAGCUGGGGCGGUCGAGGUGACGGAGGCGGAGGUGGCGGCGGAGGCGGCGGAGGCGGCGGAGGCGGCGGAGGCGGCGGAGGCUGAGGUGGCGGCGGAGGCGGCGGAGGCGGAGGCGGAGGUGGCGGCGGAGGCGGCGGCGGAGGCGGCGGAGGCGGCGGCGGCGGCGGCGGAGGCGGCGGCGGCGGCGGCGGAGGCGGAGGCGGAGGUGGCGGCGGAGGCGGCGGAGGCGGAGGCGGAGGCGGAGGCGGAGGUGGCGGCGGAGGCGGCGGAGGCGGAGGCGGAGGUGCAGGGCGGGGUGGAGAGGUCGGAGGGUGCGGUGGAGGCGGCGGCGGAGGCGGCGGCGACUGGCCGCUUGUCCGUCGAGACGGAGGUGCAAGAUGAGCUUUCAAAGGCGGUCGAGGCGCUCGCCGCGGUAUGGUCAGAGGCGCGGCUGCUGUGGGAGGCGCGGCUGCUGUGGGAGGCGGCGCUCGCAGAGCACACCAAGCAGGGGGCGGACGCGAGCGGCGGUGCCGACGGCACUCGCCGCAGGCACGCUUCCCGCGGCAGCGCGAGGCCACAGAUGCUCCCCCUCGCCGCGCGGUCGCCGUCGGUCGCAUCGGCCGGCCUCGCCUCCUCCUCCUCCAAGUUUGCGGCGGCGUUGGCCGGCGGGGCGGCCCCGGAGGACGCCGACUCGGGCUUGCCUGCAGAUUGCGCCGAGGUGCUUCAGUGGGUUCGCUCGCGCGUGUCGGCGCGAGAGAUGCGACACUGCCUCGCCGCCCGCGCGGCGCGCGGCGCGACGCGUGCCCUCGGCUUGCGGCUGUGUGGCAGGGCGCUGCGUGUGUACGGCGCCCACCCGGCGGCCGCGGCGCGUGUGCUGAGCGCGCUGCGGGAGGCGUGGGAGGUUGCGGCGGCCGAGGCAACGGAGAGCGCCGGCCGCACCGCCAGCAGGCAGGGUUGGUCGGCGUGCACCACUCCGGCCCUGGUGGAGGCGCACGAGAGGCUCCUCAGCGCGGUGGUGCUGCACCUUGCCGCCGAGCCAGACAGUGCGACGCCGCAGCAGACAGCGCGGCUGGCGAUGUGCGCGCUGCAGGCCGCGCCGGCCGACGCCACCCCGCUCGCCCUCCGGUGCGGAGUGCUGCGGCGGCUGCAGGCGCUCGCUGCCGGCGGCGGCGGAGCGGGCGAGGGCGGCGGCGGAGACGCGGCGAUGCUCAGCGGAGGCCUGGCCGCCGGCCGCCGCAGCGCCGGCGGAGCGACCGGAGAGGGGGGCCUUCCCGUCGCGCUGCUUCGCCAGGUCGGCUCCGAGCUGCUGCUGCCGCUCGCCCCGCUGCCGCGGCCUCUCCCCACGCUCUGGCGGCCGGCGGCGGCGUGGCGCACUGUGAGCGACGGCUGCGUCGCGCUGCUGCGCCGCCUCCUGGCGUCGGGGGAGCCGUGGCGGACCGAGGUGCUGCGUGCGGCGGCGGCGGCGCUGGCGGCGUUGCCGCCGAUCCUCCCGUCGAUACCGGGGGGCGGCGGCGGAGGCGGCGGCGGAGGCGGCGGCGGCGGCGGCGGCGGCGGCGGCGGCGGCGGCGGCUCCUCCGCCGCUUUCCCUUGGAGGGCCGCCUCCGAGGCGCUCGGCGCGAUCUGCGUGCUUGGAGGGCACACUUGGGUUGCGCAUGCGGGCGCGCGCGUCUCCGUCGGCACUGCGAAGGGGGCCCGCAGAGGCACGCUGAUUGGCGCGGAGCCGGGCGCGGGCGGCGCGUCGUCGGCGGACACGCACCUGGUCCGGCUCGACGGCGACGCGUGGCGUGACUUGACGACCGCCGCGGCAGGCUCGGUGCGGGUCCACCCCCUAGCAGCCCUCGCGCCGACCGCGCUCUUCCCCGCCGCCUCCGACGCGGGCGGCCGGCCGGCCCAUCCUCCCUCCACGGCCGGCGCCGCCGACGCCGCCGACGAGGCCCGCGCCGCGCUGCUGGGCGUGUACAAGGCGCUGCUCCCGCCGGCCGCCGCCGCCACGCCCGCGGGGUCGCUGCUGCGGUGCCGCGCCCUCCUCUCCCUCUCGUGGCUCUGCGGCGCCGCGGACGGCGCCCGCGCGGCCACCGCGGCCGGGCUGGUCCCCCUCCUCGUCGCCGACGCCACCCGCUCCUCGCCCGACCGGACGCCGCUCUCGCGCGACGAGUGGGAGGCGGCGUACGCGCUGUCGCAGAACGUGGCAGAGCUCGGGAUCGACGCAUCGCCAGCUGUGUUCCUCAUGCCGCCGCCGGCCGGGCGCGACGCUCAGCCCGACGCCCCGCGCGGCUCGAUCACCCUCUCCGUGACCUGGCCGGCGGGCGGUGCUCCGGUGGCGCCCGGCCAGUCGGUGCUCGUGCAGGACCAGGCGGGGCGGCGCUUCCGCACCGUGCUGCCUCAGGGGAUCCGGCCGGGCCAGUCCUUCCGCGUGGAGGUGCCCCGCCCCGCGCCGAGCAAGAGCAGCGGCCUCCCUUCCGGCGCCGCCGGCGCCGCCGCCCGCAUCGGCGAGUUUGUGCCGGCCGCGAACCUGGCCGCCAUGGACUAUGGGUACGAGGCCGCCGCCACCGCCGCCGCCGCCUCCGCCGCCGUCCGCGCGGGCGGCGGCGGCGGAAGCAGCCCGCAGCCGCUGCAGUCCGGCAGCCCCUCCGGCGGGGGGGCGUUUGCAUCGCACGUGGCUGGCGCGGGCGGCGGCGAGGCGCGGCAGCUCGGCGAGGGCGAGGCGCCUCGCGCGCCGGCGCAUCUGCCGCCGCUGUCGGCGCUCGAGCUGGUCGCCGGCUCGCCCCUCCGCCUGCCGGGCGGGGAGGUCGGGCUGGUGGUGGCGGUGGACGCGCCCGCCGAAGGCGUCGCCGACGAGGCGGAGGCGGGGUACGGCACGGCGGUCACGCUGCUCACAAAGUGCGAGGCGAGCGACGCGCCGCUGCUGCUGCGCGCGUCUGCCGCGGAGCUGUCGGUGCCUGAGGCGGCUGCCACGGCGUGGCUCGCCCCGGCGUCGGGCGACGGCGGCGGUGUGCCGCUCUCAGCGGCGACCCUCUGCCGGCGGGCGGUGAUGCCGCUGCAGCUCGGCCUCGCGCGGCUCGCGAUGCGGCAGGCGACGCUGCUGCUUCUCUCGCGCCCGCCGGCUCCCGCCGCGUCGGACGGCGGCGAGGAGGGGAGCGACCCGAUGUCGGUCGCCGUCGCCUCUGUCGCCUCGGACCCGCCGCAGCUGCUCGCGCUGCUCAAGCUCGCGCACGCCGCCGGCGGGCACGCCGGCGGCGGCGGCGGCGGCGGCGGCGGCGGCGGCGGCGGCGGCGGCGGCGGCGCCGACAAGCCGCGCGGUGCGCUCGCAUCGCUCGGGCCGCUCCUCGGGCGGGCUCCGGCGCAGUUCACCUGCCUGCUGCGCGACGACGCGCUCGCCGAUCUGCGGCGCGGGCUCUCCGCCGCCGUCUCACUCUCCG